UACUCAUAGGUAUAUUUGUCCGACGAUCCCAUGGUGGCAGGGGAGAAGCGUUACGUUUAGGAUAAAGACAGGGGGGGAACUAUCCUGUCCCGAGUUUAACGGCUGUUCGCCAGUACUGUACUGGAGAUGCCAAGAUGGCUGCAAGCAACUAUUUCGGCUUUACACAUGGUGCCGGUGCGCAAUACAGUACCCAGCCUCCUCCCGUCUACUCCCAUCCCUCCACUGCCAGCUACAACGUGCAGCAGGCUCCCGUUGUGGCUCAUGCCGUGACUGCCUCCUACUCCCCAGCCCCGGUCCAGGCGGCCCGGCCUGUGGCCUCAGCCCCCUACCCCACCUAUCAGAGCCACCCGGCCCCCCAAGACUACACCUACAGACAGCCAGACCCCCCCCAGCCCACCACAACCCCACAGACGUACCAGGUAUACUCAGACAUGCAGGACAACUAUAGUUAUGGACGACCUGCUGCCGUAACGACCUACGACAACAAACAGUAUUACCAGACGAGCAUAGCCUCAGCUCAGAGGACACCCACAGAGAACUAUUACCAGACUGUAGGAGUGAAGAGCGCUUACAGUCCAGCACCCUCCACUGUGUACAGCCAGCCCGCUCUGCCCCAGAGGCAGGUGACUGCCCUCAAGCCUCUGGUCCCUGCCAGCCCCGUGUCCACCAGUUACAACAUCUAUCCAGUGUCCACCAGUGUCCAGCAGCCUCCGACACCUAUUUCAUCCUACACCCUUGGUUCUUCUUUUAACUCCACUGUUUCAGCCUCCUCCUACUCUGGCAUUAGCUACUCCAAUUACGACUCAAUUGGCUACACCUCAGCCUCCACCCCCUCCUACUACCAGCCGGCCCAGCAGACUCUGUCCCAGCCCCAGCCCCCGCCCCAGCAGACCCAGCAGUCCCAGUCCCCCAUCCAGCCUCCUCCCAAACAGCUGACCAGCUCAUCGUGGAGUAAUUCCGGCAGCAACAUGGUCACGGCUCCGACUGUAAACACCUAUAAAAAACCUGCUUUUCACCAGAACAAGCUGCAGAGGCCCAAAGGGCCCCCUAAGCAGCCCCAGCUUCAUUACUGUGAGAUCUGUAAAAUCAGCUGCGCAGGCCCUCAGACGUACCGGGAGCACAACGAGGGCCAAAAGCAUAAGAAAAAAGAAGCUGCCUUAAAAGCCGGGGGGCAGACGGGGAACAGCAAUGGGCCCAGAGGCGUCCAGACUCAGCUGCGCUGCGAGCUGUGUGACGUAUCAUGCACUGGAGUGGACGCCUACGCUGCACAUAUCCGAGGCGCCAAACACCUGAAGGUGGUGAAACUUCACACCAAGCUUGGAAAACCGAUCCCCUCCACGGAGCCGGUGUUGGUGAAUUCUGCUCCCGUGGUCACCACUGUAACAGCUGGAAAAGCCCCGGUCUCCUCCUCGUCAUCCGCCACAGUUUCCACCACUUCAGCUCCCGUUGUGAUGCCCAAACAGACAGCAGUAAACACCACAACCAAAUCCACCCCUGCAGUCAAGAAACCAGCUCCCUCCAAAAUAACUGCCAUUUCUAACAGGCUAAGCAGUGCUCCUCCUCCAGCAGCAGCAAAGGAGGUCGCCCCGGUAACGGCUAAAGUGGAGGAGCCUGUUCAGCCCGUUGUCCAGAAGAUGGAGCCACAGAGUGAUGAGGAAAGAGGUGAUAGAGCUGCAGGUCAAGGGGACAUCCAGCCCGUAGGACAUGAUUAUGUAGAAGAGGUACGGAACGAUGAUGGAAAAGUGAUCCGGUUCCAUUGUAAACUGUGCGAGUGCAGCUUCAAUGACCCCAACGCUAAAGACAUGCACCUGAAGGGCAGAAGGCACAGACUGCAGUACAAGAAGAAAGUUAAUCCAGAGCUUCCCGUGGAGAUUAAGCCCAGUAACCGGGCCAGGAAGCUGCAGGAGAGCAAGCUAAAGAAGCAGAAGCAGAAGGCGGUGCUGAAGAGGCAGAGAGACGACGAGCAGCGCUGGCACAUGGAGAUGAGGCGAUAUGAGGAGGACAUGUACUGGCGGAGGAUGGAGGAGGAGCAGAUGUACUGGGGGGACCAGAGACGCCGGAUGGCGCCCCCUCCUCUGAUGAGUCGCCCUGGUAUGCCAGUGCCCCCCCUACUGCCGUGUGUUCGAAGGCCUGAGACUCCUGAUGACCGUUACAUCAUGGCCAAGCACUCUACUAUUUACCCGGUGGAAGAGGAGCUCCAGGCUGUUCAGAGGAUCGUGUCCCACUCUGAGAGAGCUCUAAAACUAGUGUCAGACUCCCUGCUGGAGACCGAGGCGGUCGCUGUCAGUCCUAGUACCACUGACGCUGCUACAGAGGGAGAGGAGGAAAAAAGUGCUGAGAACGCUCCUCGGCUGCUCAAAGGAGUGAUGAGGGUCGGCAUCCUGGCCAAAGGCCUGCUGCUGCGCGGAGACAGAAACGUGGAACUUAUCCUGCUGACCGCUCAAAAACCCAGCGUCACUUUAUUAACCACCAUCGCCACACAGUUACCCAAAGAACUGGAGACAUUUUCUGAAGAUCAGUAUGAGGUGCAGGCUCACCCCGAGGAGGCCAACAUCGUGAUAUUUUCAAGCAAGGAGCCCAAAAUGCAGGUGACCAUUUCUCUCACCUCGCCGCUGAUGAGGGAGGACCCUGCUGCUGAGAAGGACAAGCAGGCAGGAGGAAAAGCGGCUGAGAAAGAUGUGGUUGAGCAGGACCCUCCUGACCUGCUGAAUAAGAAGAAAUGUUUGGAGUACCUCGCAGCCCUCCGUCACGCCAAAUGGUUCCAGGCUCGUGCCAACGGGCUGCAGUCCUGUGUGAUCAUCAUCCGGAUCCUACGGGACUUAUGCCACCGCGUUCCUACCUGGGGGAAAAUGCCCAGCUGGGCGAUGGAGCUGCUGGUGGAGAAGGUGAUCAGCAGUGCCACCAGCCCACUCAGCCCAGGAGAGGCCAUGCGCAGGGUCCUGGAGUGCAUCUCCACAGGCAUCCUGCUACCAGACGGACCAGGUUUGAUGGAUCCCUGUGAAAAAGAGCCAACAGAUGCUUUGGAAAGCAUGAAGCUCCAGGCCCGGGAAGACGUGACGGCCAGUGCGCAGCAUGCUCUGCGGCUGCUGGCUUUCCGGCAGAUCCCCUACGUUCUGGGCAUGGAUCUGCUGCCGUCGUCCAAGGCCAGCGCACGCAACCGCAAACGCCGGCGGGACGUCAACGACACGGGCGAGGGCGAGGGGGAGGGCAAAAAGGACAAGAAGGAGGAGGAGGAAGAGGAGGAAGAAGAAGAAGAAGAAGAAGAAGAAGCAAGCGCUUGACCUCUGCCUCCAAACCAGAGGCAUUUGCUAGUUUAGAGACUGGUAGAAUGUCACUACUUUAACUUUUCUUAUUGAGAAACAAUCUUAACACUCAGCUAUACACAUAAAUAUAACUUUGACUCUACAUGUUACAUGUCUACCCUUAAAACUAAAGGUAUGAGGCUGACGUUUGAGGGUCUGUACUGCAAUUCCUUCUCCCAUGUAGUGAUCUCAUGCAGAUGUAUCCUAUUCUAAAGUAAAUCGGCUGAAAAAAAAUCACUUUUAUUUACUGAUUGCAUCAUUCCAUAUCAGUACAACAGCACAUUCAUUUUUUAAGAUUAAAUACUCACUACUACUGUUUUACCUCCAGUACAAAUGGAAGAGGAAUGAGCACCUUAAGCUUUCUUUUCAGUGUUUCUCAUUGAAAAAGAAGCUGAAUCCACAGCUCUUUGAGCCUUGUCAAUGUUAAUAUCCAACUCCCGCACACUCACUAAAUUAAUCAUGCUGCUGAAAAUGUUAAAAGAGGAAAGACGAGGGCUUUGAAAUUGGAAGCGAGAUCAGAGGAGACUACCCGGGCAUGGUGGAAACAGGACUGUGAUGUUCAUUGUGCCUACAGGUGACAUUUUUCAUUUGAUUUUAGCUCCCUCUGAAGCUCCUGUUGUCUAUUUUUUCACAAGUUAUAAAAAACAGACAGAGACAAGACUUGAGUUGAGAACUUUAACCAAAGGCCCCCGCACCAAACCCCCAAACAAGGCAAACUGAAAUUGUUGACAUCCUCAUACAGGAACUUCCCCAAGCUUUUUUUGCGUUUGUGUGGGUGUGUGUGAAGGGUCGUGCUUCUAACAGAACACAAGUCUUGAAUUGCACAGUGACAUCCUGAGGGAGGAAAGCACUUAAGUGUAUGCAGCCAUAGUUAUCUUUUGACUAAAAAUGCCUAGUAAUCUUUUUUUCUUCCAAAGGACACUUUGCUGAGGGCAGAAACUUGAGUUAGGUGAAUCCAACUGAAAUCUACUGAAAAAAAAGACUUUUUCUUUCUCCCUUGUGCCUGCAUCAUGUUGCAUAAGACUGAGUGAGGGGAACAUAUAAGUUGUUGUUUUUGUGUGAUUAGUAAUGUAAUGGUCUCAUUUAAUGAAGUUGUAAGACAGGGGGUGAACAGUUGCACAGCUCCAGCCUAAAAGCUGACGGCAGAAAGUUACUGUGCGUUUUUUUAGUUUGAUAUUUGUUUAUCGAGAGCCUCAUAUAUGAGUAUUGCUUAUUUUAUUUCAGAAGGAUGUUGCAGUCUAUUUUGUAUUGUGUAAACAGGAAGUGUGAACGUUGCUGUCCUAUCAUUUGAAUGUCUUUGUAGUGUUAAAAAUAAGGGGAGAUAUUAAAACACACCUAAACCGUUUUGUCCUCUGGUUUAAUUUCCUCUGCAAAUUCCGGUGAGGAGAUGAUCUCAUGUCAUGGUGUCACUUAUAGUUGUUUCACUGAGCUAUGACCCACUUCUCUGUCUUUUUUUAAGAGCGAGGAAGUGGUUGGCAGAG